CCCCCUCCCUCUGGCCCCGCCCCUCCCCCUCGGAGCGGCUCCGGAAAUGGUCGAGCUCGGCUGCGCUGCGGCUGCGUCGGGCCCCGCUCCCCGCACUGAAGGAGACUGAAGAUAGCAAGGGGAUCCUUAUGCAGCACCACGUGAAAUGAACAAAACUCCACAGCCCUCAGGAGGAACCCCAUCAGCCCCGCACCCCUCCCCUUCUCCUGGACUUCCACAGCAAUCAGCAUUUCCUCCUGGACAGCCGGCAUCUGUGGUUUUUAACCCAGCGCAAGCUACCCAAAUGAAUACGCCUUCCCAACCUCGACAGUUUGCAGCAGGGCCUCGUGCUAUACAUCAGCAGGGAGGAUUCAGGUCUCUUCAGCAUUUCUACCAGAGCAGGGCCCAGCCUCCGACCAGUGCUUCCCGAGUGCAGAGUAACGCGUCGGCCCGGCCCGGCCCGCCCGCUCAUGUCUAUCCAGCCGCUUCCCAGGUGAUGAUGAUCCCCUCACAGAUCUCCUACCCUGCUUCGCAAGGCGCCUACUACAUCCCUGGACAGAGCCGAUCUACGUACGUCGUUCCGACUCAACAGUACCCUGUUCAGCCGGGCGCCCCCAGUUUUUACCCUGGAGCCAGCCCCACGGAAUUCAGCACCUACGCCGGUGCCUAUUAUCCCACCCAGGGCGUACAGCAGUUCCCUGCUGCUCAAGUCAUGCUGAACCAGCAGCCGCCAAUCCCACCAAAGCGAGAACGCAAGACGAUCCGGAUACGAGAUCCGAAUCAGGGUGGCAAGGAUAUCACAGAGGAAAUAAUGUCUGGCGCUAGAACUUCCUCCACCCCCACUCCUCCGCAGGCCGGAAGCGGUCCAGAGCCCCAGGCCAACGGAGAGACACAUGUAGCAGUUAUAGUUCGGCCAGACGACCGUCCCAAGACUGGCCCAGUCAUAAGUAAACCCAUUUCCUCGGAGGCGAAUAAAUCGGCGUCCCCGUCUCCCCCGCCGCCCCUCAUCGCCGAAGCCGAUACCUCGCUUCCGGCCGACAUGUCGAUGAUGCACCCAGAGAGCCCCCUCGAAGCGGACACUACAGCGGAGCCGCCAGAGGUCACCGCAGACAUCCUCGAGCCCGUCAGUGCCACCACUACAGUGCCAGGGGGCCCCGUGGUGCCCCCGGAGGUCCCCGAAUUUGACCCAGAGCCUCAGGAGGAACCAGCUGCUAAGCCUGGUCCGGAGCUUCCUCCCCAGAUGGUCCUGGAGGACGACGAAGAAGCCGUCCUGGCGGAGAUAGUGACUCCCCAACCGGAGGCUCCUCAGCCUGAGGAGCCUCCCGCGACUCCGCCGGACUCUCCCCCGACCCCGCCGCCUUCGCUCGAGGAGGCCUCCGAGGGGCCCCUGGAGGCGAACGGCAUGCCGGAAGAGGAACCGACUGAGCCGGAGGCCGAGCCCCACUUGUGUCAGCCGGAUCCCGCAGCGGAGUCCCCCAUCGUUCAGCCCGAGGAGCUGCAGAUCCCCAAUGGGCUGGGGAUCCCGGGGAAGCAGGAAGGCGAAGAGCCCAAGGAGGAGCCAGAGUCAGACGUCAGCCCCAUCUCCGAGCCAGAGGAGGUGAAAGAGGAGGAGCUGGCGGCCCCGCAGGUCACGCCGCCGCCUGAGGAGGAGGGAGAGCCCGAGCCGGAGGAGGCGGAGGGCGAGGAGCCAGCUGAGACGCAAGAGCAGAGCGCCGAGCCGGCAGCUGCGCCCUCGGAGACAGAGGAGAUGACUGUGCAGGUAGCGGUGUCCGUGCCAAAGAAGAAGCGGAAGUUGAAGGACCUGAACAAGAAAGAUAACCUGGGAGACCUGCUGGAUGCAUUCAAAGAGGCCGACGAAGGUAGCUCUGAAGCAGAGAACAACCCUCCCGUGCCAGCCCCAGAGCCCGAGGAGCCCGCCCCGGUCCGCUCCCAGGAGGAGGCAGACGAGACGUGGGAAGAGAAGGAGGACAAGCUGGACCCCGAGAAGGUCAAGGCGGCGGAUCAGAAGUACCGCUACAAGGAAGAGCAAUGGAAGCCCCUGAAUCCCGAAGAGAAGAAACGGUACGACCGGGAGUUCCUGCUGGGCUUCCAGUUCAUCUUUGCGAGCAUGCAGAAGCCCGAGGGCUUGCCCCAUAUCAGCGACGUGGUGCUAGAGAAGGCAAACAAAACGCCCCUGCGGCCUCCGGAUAUCGCGCGCCUGAGCAACAUGAACUGCGGGCCUGACUUCACGCCUUCCUUUGCCAAUCUGGGCCGGCCGGCCCCACCGAACCGUGGUCCACCCGUGGGUCCAGGACAGCGCCGAUCCCAGCAAAACCUGCGCGUGAAGGAGCCUCGGAAGAUCAUUGCCACGGUGUCCCUGAACGAAGACGUCAAGCUCAACAAGGCCGAGAAGGCGUGGAAGCCCAGCAGCAAGAGGGCAACGGAAGCAGAGGACCCCGAAAAUAUAAAAACGCAGGAGCUAUUCCGCCGCGUGCGCAGCAUUCUGAACAAGCUGACGCCGCAGAUGUUCCAGCAGCUGAUGAAGCAGGUCACCGAUCUGUCCAUCGAUACGGAGGAGCGCCUCAAGGGCGUCAUCGACCUCAUCUUCGAGAAGGCCAUCUCCGAGCCAAACUUCUCCGUUGCCUAUGCCAACAUGUGCCGUUGCCUUAUGGGGCUGAAAGUCCCCACUACUGACAAACCGACCGUGAUGGUCAACUUCCGCAAGGUCCUUCUGAACCGGUGCCAGAAAGAGUUUGAGAAGGACAAGGACGACGACGAGAUUUUCGAGAAGAAGCAGAAGGAGAUGGACGACACAGCUGGCCCAGAAGAGAGAGCUCGCCUGAAGGAGGAGCUGGACGAUGCCCGGGACAAGGCCCGGCGGCGUUCCCUGGGCAACAUCAAGUUCAUCGGGGAGCUCUUCAAGCUGAAGAUGCUGACGGAGGCCAUCAUGCACGACUGCGUGGUGAAGCUGCUCAAGAACCACGACGAGGAGUCGCUGGAGUGCUUGUGCCGGCUCCUCACCACCAUUGGCAAGGACCUGGACUUCGAAAAGGCCAAGCCGCGAAUGGAUCAGUACUUCAACCAGAUGGAGAAGAUCAUCAAGGAGAAGAAAACGUCCUCGCGCAUCCGCUUCAUGCUGCAGGACGUGAUCGACCUCAGACGGAAUAGCUGGGUGCCCAGGAGAGGAGACCAGGGCCCCAAGACCAUCGACCAGAUCCACAAGGAAGCGGAGAUGGAGGAGCACCGGGAGCAUAUCAAAGUGCAGCAGCUGAUGUCCAAGCAGGACAAGAGGCGAGGGCCUCCGGGCCCGUCCUCCGCAGGUGGGCGAGGGAGCCUCGUCUCAGACGACGGCUGGAACACCGUCCCCAUCAGCAAGGGCAACCGGCCGAUCGACACCACUAGGUUAAGCAAGAUCACAAAGCCUGGUUCCAUCGACUCCAACAACCAGCUCUUUGCGCCUGGCGGGCGACUGAGCUGGGGGAAGGGCAGCAGCGGUGGAUCAGGCGCCAAACCUGCCGAACCAACCUCCGAUUCCAACCGACCCGCCACAAGUACCUUGAAUCGCUUCUCCGCCUUACAGCCGACUUCUACCGAGAGCCAAGACGCCCGGCGGGUGGUGCAAAGAAGCAGCACCAGCCGCGACCGCUCCGAGAAGGGCGGCGACCGAGGAGACCGCUUGGAACGCGAGCGGCCGGAGAGAGGCGAGCGCCUGGAGCGGUCGGAGAGGCCCGAUCGGUCGGACCGGAACCGGGCCCCCGUCACCAAGCGUAGCUUCAGCAAAGAAAUGGACGACAGGAGUCGGGAGCACGAGCGUGAACGGCAGGGGGUCCUCGAGACUAUCCGGAAGGUGUCCAGCAUGACGGAGGAACGGGACCGGAGCCGGGAGCCUGUGAAACGAGAACCGGUGGCUCCAGGGGUGCCUCCCAAGCCCGCCUUGUCGGAGGAAGAGCUGGAGAAGAAAGCAAAGGCCAUCAUUGAGGAAUACCUCCACAUCAAUGACAUGAAGGAGGCGCUCCAGUGCGUGCAGGAACUGGGCUGCCCCUCCCAGCUGUACAUCUUCGUCCGGAACGGCAUCGAGUCAACGCUGGAGCGGAGCACCAUCGCCCGCGAGCACAUGGGGCUGCUGCUGUACCAGUUGGUGAAGGGGGGCUCCCUCGCCAAGGAGCAAUACUACAAAGGGCUGCAGGAGAUCCUGGAAAUCGGGGAGGACAUGGAGAUUGAUAUUCCGCACAUCUGGCUGUACUUGGCAGAGAUCAUCACCCCCAUCCUGAGGGAAGGGGGCAUCUCUAUGGAAGAGCUGUUUAGGGAGAUUGCGAAGCCCUUGGUGCCCAUCGGCAAGGCCACUACUCUGCUGCUGGAGAUCCUGGGCCUCCUUUGCAAAGGGAUGAGCCACAAGAAGGCCGGAACGCUGUGGAGAGAAGGGGGUCUUAGCUGGAAGGAAUUCCUGCCCGAAGACCAGGACGUCAAUAAGUUCAUCACGGAGCAGAAAGUGGAGUACACGAUGGGCGACAGCUCCGACGCUCCCAGCCGCAAAGAGCUGACCUCCGAAGACCUCUGCAAGCAGCUAGACAAGCUAUUGAAAGAGAAUGCAGAUAACCAAAGAAUAUUCGACUGGAUUGAGGCAAACUUGAGCGAACAGCAGUUCUCCUCCAACGUGUUUGUCAGGGCCCUGAUGACGUCGGUGUGCCAUUCAGCUGUUGUCUUCGAGAACCCCUACCGGAUGGACAGCUCGGUGAUCAAGAGCCGCACCAAGCUGCUGCAGAAAUACGUGAGCGACGAGCACAAAGAGCUCCAGGCCCUCUACGCCCUGCAGGCCCUCGUGGUGAAGCUGGACCAGCCGGCAAAUCUGCUCCGCGUGUUCUUUGACACUUUGUACGACGAGGACGUGAUUAAAGAGGAAGCCUUCUACAAGUGGGAGUCGAGCAAAGACCCGGCCGAGCAGCAAGGGAAGGGGGUCGCGCUCAAAUCGGUCACCGCUUUCUACACUUGGCUGCGGGAAGCCGAGGACGAAUCCGACAACAACUGAGUGCCGGCACCGGGAAGGGGCGGGGGGGGGGGCGGCCCGACCGAGCCCGCCAAGCUGCUCCCACCCACCCACCCCCCGUUCCCCGGAGCCUUGGACUUCCUCAGUGGGGGUAGCGUGGAGGGAAGGGCCAGCGGGUCCGAGCACCGCUGCCCUCCCUCCCCUUCUCCCCUUUAGGACUUCUCCUUCCUUUGAUUUUUUUUUUGUUGGGGUUUUUUUUUUCUCGUUUUGUUUUAAAGGCCUGUAUUGGUUUGUGUCUGACGAUAAUAAAUUGAUGCCGAAGGAGGUAAGUGUUGCUGUGGGAGCGCCGCUCAAUCCCCUCCCGCCCUCCGGGCGCACCUGGAUGAUUUUAACGUGCGGGAGGGGCGGCCCCCCCCCCCCCGACUUUUGCAGUUUGCAAAGCACCCCCGAAACACGUCUCCGGAAGAGGGUCAGGGGGAGGCCGAUGACUGCCGCUUCCCCCCCCCGCCGCCCACCCGCCCACCCUUCCCAGUUAUUGCUGAAAUAUAGAGAGAGUAUAUAAAUAUAUAUAUAAAAUAUAAAUAUAGACUUAUUAAAUCUUUUUUGGAGGUUUGGGAGGAUAGGACUCUAGCGUCCGCAGACUUUCGUCCUCUUUUUUCCCCCUUUUUGUUCCCUCACCCCUUCCCCCCCCCAUACACUGACUCGCACCCUCGAAUCACCGCCUGGAAUCACACAAACCUCUCGAUGGAUUUGUUAUUAUUUUUUAAAAGGAAAAAAAAUCAUUUCAAAACAUCCACCUUGGGUUUUUUUUUUGGGGGGGGGAGCUGCUCGAACAUCACUGGCAGGGGGUGGGGGGGAUGUGUUGCCUAGCCCGCCCACCCACCACCGUGCUUUCUUUAUUGGCUCCUCAGCCCAGUUCCCACUUCCACCCACCCCUUCCCCCCCACCCACACACACACACACACACACAGGGCCACGGUUUCGCAAUCCGCUUUGUCCACUCUGGACAGUUUAAAGGGAGCCACGCCUGUAAUUAAAAAAAGGGGGGGAGGAGAAAACGAAGAUUCAAUUACCGGUCACAUGAAUUUGUAAAUAUUUUUUUGCUUUUUUUUUCUUUAUGGAGUAUUUAAUUGAAGAUUUAAAGGCAUCUUUUCACCGUAAACUGGAAAUAAAAAAAAAAGAACAUUGCUAAA